UCGCGUUGGACUCAACGUGUCGUACCACUCUACCCGCUUGCAUUCGCUUUCUUUGCAGUUUGCCAUUCACCUCGCCUCGACACCAUGUACCUCGUCACGUGGCCGAUCCGCGCGUACCUUGCGUGGAGUGUCCUUGCUCUUCUGUACUUUGUCGCGGUGCCGAGCGUCCUUCUCUCGAGCUUCCUCCGGCCGCUCGUCCCGCUGGCUGACGCUGCGAUCGCCGGCGGCUGCGUCGGUCUCUGUCUCGUCGUCUCCGGCCUCGUGCACGCGCGCCGCGCCGCCAAAUUGGCGUCCACGACCCCGCUGUUGCUCGUGCUGUUUGGUGCCGUCGGUCUCUGCGCGCUCAUGGGUCUUCCUGCUCUCUUGGCGACGAGCUCUACCUACUGGCCAGAUGCCUCUCGCGUAGAGUACACCGCCAAAGACGUGGCCAAGAUGGAGGCAAACCAAAUGGAAUGGUAUUCCCAGCGUUCCUACAGCUCGAAUGGGUACCUCGUCGAAACGUACUCGGACUGCUCCAAUCGUGGCAUCGAGUACAGCGCUCAGUAUGCGCUGGAAGAGACCUACUGUGCGCGUGAGGGUAAAUCGUACUGCGCGGCCUUUCCUCUGCGGCAGACGCUCGUCCAACCGCGCAUCUUUGACAACAAGACGGACACAAGUCGUAUCCAGGCGCUGCUCAACACAUCAUCGACCUUCUUUGGCGUCCCGAUCGACGACGCGACGACCCUCUUGCAAUUUUGCGACAAAGUCAAUUCUAGUGUACUGGCGGCCGAGCGUUCGAUCAAUGUUGCGUGCGAUGGCUGCCGUCACGCGGUGGCAACGCCGGACGACACGUCGUCUUUUGGCGACUGGAUCCACGAGCAUUGUCCGCUGACCAAAGUCGACGCAACGGCGGCCGUGUGCAUCAUGGGCGCUAGCCCCAAGCUGUACCCGUUUCUGCUGACGUAUCCGCAAGCCAAGACUUGCCGUCGACAGUAUUUGAGCCAAAUGUACCAAACAAGUCGUUUGCUACUUUGCUACGAAGCGCAGUUCAGUGGCUUGCUCAAGCAGCUCCUGGAGGCACUUGCGUACUCUGCGUUGGCUCUCUCCGUGCUGGCAUUUCCUGUCUUUUGGGCACUUGUGGUUGCCCAGUGCAAGCGUGAUGAGAUGGAUGAAGACGACGAGCUCAUGUACGAAGCGAUGACCGCGCGGCCGUCAACAUUAGGAUAAUGCCUCAAAAAUCAACUCUACCCUUUCAUGACACA